CCCCAAUCAACACUCCAAGCGCCACUAAUCUCGCCUUCCGAGGAAACUCACCAGCCCACCACAGACCCGAGCGGAAGAAGCCAUGUCCGGGCGCGGUAAGGGUGGCAAGGGGCUCGGCAAGGGCGGCGCGAAGCGUCACCGGAAGGUGCUGCGCGACAACAUCCAGGGCAUCACCAAGCCGGCGAUCCGGCGGCUGGCGAGGAGGGGCGGCGUCAAGCGCAUCUCGGGGCUCAUCUACGAGGAGACCCGCGGCGUGCUCAAGAUCUUCCUCGAGAACGUCAUCCGCGACGCCGUCACCUACACUGAGCACGCCCGCCGCAAGACCGUCACCGCCAUGGACGUCGUCUACGCGCUCAAGCGCCAGGGCCGCACCCUCUACGGCUUCGGCGGCUAGGCUGAUGGGCUCCUCGCGAUGUUCUCCCCUUCUGCAGAUGCGACGUUUUCUGGCCGUGCCCACAAGUCUUGCGGUCAAGAAAGUUUCAGGAACUCUUGUUAGUUCAUCUCUGGCUGUGGUAGGUUUAUCUGAAUCGUGAGACUAGUAGGUUUAUCUGAAUCGCGAGGCUAGCAGGUUUACCUGAAUCAUGAAGCAGUGAUGAAAUUAUGUGUGCAUCGGAUGUUGGAAAUCGAGCUUGUAAUGCAAUUUGUUACUCUUGAUGCAAAUGAAUGGUCUGGUCGUUACUUCUGUAGUUACGAUUUUAAA